CUGUGUUUAUCAGACACCAGAAGUGCAUCUGCUGAGUCAACCUCAAUCUACUAGAGGCGUCUCUGGCGCAGGGACAAAACGGAGGAGUAUAAACGCAAGAACUCAAGCGCAAAGCGUGACAGAGACCUGAUGAUUACAACCUCAGACGCCUUUUUAAAAUGAACAGGGGAAUGACAUUGAUCUUGACUACAAAAAUGAACAUCAGAUAAAGAAUGAGUACAACCUGCACCCUUUACCCGAUGCCAUAGUUCAUCAUCUGAGGAAAAGAUGUCACCGGAAAAUCUCAAGAUCUAACUUGGACCUUUUCAGACCUUUCUAAAACUUUGAACUCUUUGAACUGACUGUAGAACUAUUUUUCUUUCUUAUUGUCUAACCUACCUGAGCCUUAAAACAAUGGCUUCCUACAGCCCUGCCCCCACAGAGGAGCCCACUUUAGAGGGAUCGAAUGGCAACCUAAAGUCAAUGGGCUCUCAGCAGUCGAUGAAACUGAAAAAAGAAAUCUCUUUGCUCAAUGGCGUGUGUCUCAUCGUGGGAAACAUGAUCGGCUCUGGAAUCUUCGUCUCACCAAAAGGCGUACUGAUGUACAGCGCCUCAUACGGCUUAUCUCUGGUAGUGUGGACAAUCGGUGGGGUCUUCUCUGUGUUUGGGGCUCUCUGCUACGCCGAGCUUGGAACCACUAUUACUAAGUCUGGUGCCAGUUAUGCCUACAUCCUGGAAGCCUUUGGAGGUUUUCUGGCCUUCAUCCGUCUAUGGACAUCCCUCCUUAUCAUUGAGCCCACCAGCCAGGCCGUAAUCGCCAUCACCUUCUCCAACUACAUGGUGCAGCCCAUCUUCCCCACAUGUAUAGCACCCUAUGUGGCCAAUCGUCUGCUGGCUGCAGCCUGCAUCUGCUUGCUGACUUUUGUGAACUGUGCCUAUGUCAAGUGGGGGACACGCGUUCAGGACUUCUUCACCUAUGCAAAGGUCAUUGCCCUCAUCGCCGUCAUCAUCACUGGCCUUGUCAAGUUAUCCCAGGGUUACACACAGAAUUUUGAGGAUCUGUUCACAGGUUCAUCUCAGGAUCCUGGUGACGUGGCGCUUGCGUUAUAUUCUGCUCUCUUCUCAUACUCUGGAUGGGACACUCUCAACUUUGUCACUGAAGAGAUCAAAAACCCAGAGAGAAAUCUUCCAUUGGCCAUUGCCAUCUCCAUGCCCAUUGUCACAGUGAUCUACAUCCUGACCAAUGUGGCAUACUAUACAAUCCUGCCCAUCCCUGCCAUUCUGGACAGUGAUGCCGUGGCUGUGACAUUUGCAGACCAGGUAUUUGGGUAUUUUAAUUGGACGAUACCACUCGCUGUCGCCUUCUCCUGCUUUGGAGGAUUAAAUGCAUCUAUUUUGGCUGCUUCAAGGCUGUUCUUCGUGGGCUCGAGAGAGGGCCACCUGCCAGACUACCUGUGCAUGAUUCAUGUCAACCGUUUCACCCCCAUCCCCGCCCUGCUCUUCAAUGGUGCCAUGGCGCUUGUGUAUCUGUGUGUGGAGGACAUAUUCAAACUGAUCAACUACUACAGCUUUAGCUACUGGUUCUUUGUGGGUCUGUCUAUUCUGGGACAGCUUUACCUGCGAUGGAAACAACCAGACAGGCCACGACCACUAAAACUCAGUCUGUUCUUCCCAAUUAUAUUCUGCCUCUGCACAGUGUUUCUUGUGGUGGUGCCUUUAUACAGUGACACUAUCAACUCAUUAAUUGGCAUCGGCAUUGCCCUUUCGGGAGUACCCGUCUACUUCCUCUGUUGUCAUCUACCUGCCUCCCGUCGGCCCAUGUGGCUCCGCAAAUUUAUUGCAUCAUCAGGUAUAAUCAUCCAGAAAGUGUGUUUCUGUGUCCUUACCGAGAUGGACACAGAUGAUGGAAAGGCAGAGUAGAAGUGGACGGUACACGGGACAACCAAAAUGUACAAUAUCCACCUCAGCUUAUCCAAUGUUUG